UCCUAUUAUUUCACUCUUAUGGAGUGAAGAGUAUCGAGGGACCAAAGAGGAUAGAAAUGGGGGGAGGAGCCAUGCGGGGCACUGUUCUUCCAACGACUCCGACCGGGACUCCAUCUUCCUCGAGCGGCCUUUUCUCCCCUUCUUCCUCGUAUUCUUCGAACCCUUUUCCUCCUAACUUCCCCGCUUCGGCCAACUACUCUGCCUCCUCCCAGACGUUGGGACCUCGCCCUUCAGCUUCCUGCCAAGACCCUGACAAUGGACCACUUGGAGGUGGUGCAAGAGGAGGAGGUUUCACUUUCGGCUCUUUCAUCUCUUCCGUCUUCGGGCCCGUGCCUUCGCAACUCGAGAUCGAGCGUGCCAUCGCUGCUCUGCAAGAUUUUCUGCACGUAAUUUCUUCAUCCGGGUUGGAGAGAAAUUGGGUGCAGCUGCUAGGAUGUUGUCACCCGAGAUUACUCCUUUCCGCGGGACUUGGGAGGGUUACUCAUGCUCUCCAUCUGUUGCAAACAGACCCAUCUAUUAAGAGAUUGGUGGUCUCUCUAUCCUCUGACAGAGCUCUUUGGGAAGCUAUUCUGAACAAUGAGUUGGUGCGAAAGCUCCAGCAGUCACUCUCUACAGCAGAAAUUAGAAGGCCCAGGAUCAGCGAGGAAGCAUCGUCAGAGCCAGACUCGGGUUCGGACAAUUUGUGGUGGUUUUUGGACAUCGUGAAAGAAAAGAUUAUGGAACUCAUCGAGAAAUUCAAGUCUCUCAUGGACGAAAUAUUCAAGCAACACUACGGCAGAGCAAAGCAGCCAACAGCUGAAGAUACAGCUCAGUUGGAGGAAAAAGUCCGAUCUUCAUUACUGCUAACGGUUGUUAUCCUGUUGAUGGUGGUUCUGGCACGGGUUCGCGGAGCUUAGCAUUCAUCAUUGAUUAAAAACGGGGUAUUUUACUGUACAUUUCACACAAAUGUGUGAAAGCAAAAUGGUGCAUGUGCAUAAAUAAAGUUCAAGAAUGGAAGCUGCAUCAUAUUGUACCCAUUCAAGUACUGAGGGAUGUAGCUAAUGUCCAUCUAUGUUAUGUGUGAUUACGGUACUUAUCGACUCAAAGAGUCAGCUUUGCAAUAAUAGCUUUAUGUACCAAUUUAGUGACAGAACAUGAAAACAGAUUAUCUCUAUU